UCUAAAAAAAAUUUACAUUUUUUUUUAUUUCCAUGAGGUGGAAUGUUCAAAAUCAAGAAAAAGAAGAAGCUUGGAAAUGCAUGAAUUAUAAAAAGCAGCCUCUCGCUCACUCUGUUUAUUGCUCUGUGGAACCAACACAGCUGCUGUUAUUCCUCAUAACACUUCAUUAAUUCUGAAUACAAGCAUUUUAUUACUCUGACAAUUCUGACAGGCAGGCAGAUGCCAUAUUUUAACAGAGCACCCUUCGAUUUUUCCCCCUCAGAUAAACAACAUAUGCGGAGAAAACCUAAACUCCCUUAAUACCGUCAUUAAUACUCUGCAAAGUGAAAUACUAAUUCUUUUUUUAAAAAAUAGCCCAAAAUAGAUUGCUGCAAUUUUAAAUUGAGGCAGUAGGCCUAGGUGUCCCCUCCCCCGCUACUGUGGCAUGUCUAUAUGCUUUGCCUCACACAAAACUGAAGGUUUUUAUCUUUAGUCACACUGGGUGAGAGGCAGCUAAAAUAGGGUUAAAAUAGCUAAAGUAGGUUUACCUCUCUCUCUCUCUCUCUCUUUGUAUCUUAUUGUAACUGAAUUUGUCAUAUCCUCUUCUUAUUUUAUCCACCUGUGAUAAAGGGUGGGAUUUGAAUAUGAGAGAUGCCGGUUCAAAUUGCUGCUCUGUGCACAACACGGCACUAAACUGAGACUCAUUGAACAUUGGUAGAUUCCACAAGGUGACUGGAGACAGUUGCUCGGCCCUAUGGGAGAUGACCCUUGUGUUGCUGCAAGUUCUUGGCAAGGUGGUGCUGGAAUCCCUGAACAAGUUGUCUGGAGUUAAUAAUGAGCUGGAUAAAGACCAAUAAAAAGAAGUUCUAUCCAGCUAAGACUGAGCUGUUGAUGGCUAGAUUAAUGAACCGAGGAAGAAGGAUGACAUAUCCUGCAAGAACCAGCUAUACCUUGAUUCCAAACCAGAAAUAUCGACGAAGCUACCGUCGUUCCAGCAAGUUUAGCAGCACCCUGGAUGCAGAUUCUCCAUCUCUGUCAACCCUUGGGGAUUUCAAAGCACUCCCCUUAGAAAUCUUUCAGAUGGUUUUAGAAUAUCUGCCAGUGAAGGAUAUCAGCAUGCUAAGCAUGGUAUCAAAGACUGUCAGCAGCCGCCUUAUUAAUUACAUCUCAACUCCUACAGGAAACCGAAGGCUUUUGCGGCAGGACUUUCAUAAUCCUGAGCUAUCUGGCUGUAGGAAAGGAUACUCCAUGCUAGAACACUACAAAUCCUUAGGCCUGUUGUUAAAAAGGUGUACUUUAUUGCUACCUACAAAGGAGAGAUUGAAGUACAUACACAAGAUACUUUCAGAAAUUUCCUGUUUUAAAUUUAGUGGCUGCUCAGAUCCAUUUCAUUGUUUAGGACUACAGUGUUACGGAGUAUUUUUACAGACUUUAACAGCAGGUUGGGAUGAAUUAGAAUGUCAUCGGGUUUAUAACUUCCUCUGUGAGUUGAGUAAUUUACCCCGGAGAGUGCAGACAGUUGUCAGCAGCAAACCUGGAAGUGCCCGAAAAUUGGAGCUGAGGAUACGGAUCUUUUGCCGCAGUGUUCUUUUGAACCAUUGGAUUCAUCGGAGUGAUUCGGCAUUUUGGCUGACGCGUAUUUUAAAGCCAUGGCCUAUGGUAAAUCAAGCCCGGCUACUAUAUAUACUGUUUGGGCCUGCCUCUAACUUGGAUGGGCACGUGGUUUGGCAGAAAACGACUGACGGUCCAGCAGACGAAACCAGUUUGAAAGGGUUGGCAGAUGCCAUUAAACUACUGUAUGACACAGAAGCAAAAGAGUGGACGGCAGAUGAUGUCAUCAGUUUGUUGGAUGAACUUUCAGUGGUUCCCCGUGACUGGCUUCUGGAAAACAGUGCCCGGCUCCUUAUCUUGUGUGGAAACAAUAUCUGCUUCACUUUUAUGGCUAGUAAAGCUGUGAACGGUCGAGCUAUCGAACUGGCGAGGCUGGUGGUUUUCCUGGCUUUGGUAUGUGAGAAGGACCUCUACUGCAUGGAUUGGGCUGUUAAAAUGAUGCAGAAAGUCUGCAAGGUUUUCAGUACUUCGGGUGAAAGGAACAACUUCCUGCAAGGCGUGGAGAAUUCUUUUGCACACAUUAUCAUGGACGCUCUGCAGUCAGUGAUAUCCGGGGAGCACGAUGAGGAAGACAGCAGCUUUCUUAAUCUGUUUCAUCUGGUAAAUGCACAGGCAAAUUUUCAUAAGGAAAUCCUUUAUCUGGCCAUGAGCAACAGCAUGUAAAAUUCUCAGCAUUUUGGAGAAGAUACCACCAUGAGGAGCGUUUCCUCUUUCCCGUGUGGUUGCCAAUAUCUUAACCGGCCUUCAAGAUUCACACCUCAGUGGUCAUGGGAAAUUGCAUUAUAGCUGUAAAACAAAUUUUUUUUGCAGCUUCUGAAGUGUGUUGUUGAAUAUUUAUAUGCAAACUAUAUAUCUAUAUAUUGAUUAUACAUAUUUAUACUAGCUGUGUUGGAAAACCAGUUGCAUUAGCAGGAGGUGGAUAUCGGUUUGCAGAAAGGAGAAGCGAGCUAUGCUUUGGAAAAACUGGGCAGAGGAGCACAAAACAGUCACAUUAAAUACUUCAGGUAGUGCAACUGCUUCUUCUUUCAUUUUUAAGUCACUCUGAGACCGAGAGAAGUAACUUUUAGUUCUGGUUUCCCUUUGGGAUUUCAUUAAAAUGAAGGAAGCAUAAUUAAAGAGGCCCAAUCAGUUUUAUAUCCAGUCCCUAUUAUGCUAUUAACCUUUAAAACAGAGAACUCUGCUGUGGAUAAUUUAAAGUUGUUAACUGUAUGUAAUUUCACCGGAAAGAAGGUUUAAAAUAGACAUUUUCCCAGAAUUGGAGGAGUAGCAGAAGGAUCUCCACAUAGCACAGCAUGUAGAAAGUUAGCACAUUGCAAAGUGCAUUAUGUUGGCCCCAGUGAAAGACAUUUUUUGUGGACUUUGUACUAUGGUACCUAAAUGUGGACUGCAUUUAAUGGAUUGGGCUGAUUAACUUUUUGCAUACUGAAGGAACAAAGCAGAUGUUGAUCGUUGAUACUCCUUUGCUCCCAUCCAUUAUCUGUAGUAAAAUCAGUAAUGCAAAUGGAGUUAUUUUAAAGCUACCUUGGUUGAUUUAUUCAUUCAGAAAUAAGCCAUGCUGUUUUUGUGUUUAUGUACAUCACUACAGAAUGAAUGACUCCCAAAAAGGACUUGGCAAAAUGCACUCUGAAGUUGUUAUGGAUUUGUUCUGAAUUUGGUGUGGGACUAGGACAAAUUUAAAAAGUUAAGCUUCCAUGUUGGGUUAAGCGUCGUUACACCUUUAUGCUUAUGUACUGUGAUGAGAGAGACAAGAAGGUGAUAUGAGCAGCAGUUUAUCUUCCCCUCUACUGGUUUUCUAAAAAAAGCUUUUGCUGCUUCUCUAUUAUAACUGGAAAAAAAUGCCUUUUUCAGUUAAAGAAAACUCCAAAAGAAAUUCCAGAAUAAACUUAUGACUUUAAACUACUGUCGUUUUUUAAAAAAACCUCUAAGUGAAAUUGAAAGAAUAUAUUG